AUGCCGGUGUUGGUUCCCCCGGCUGAGCGCAGCCAGGACACGCGCGUGGGGGCUUCAGCAUGGCGCGAGGCGGCCCGGACCAUCACGCAGAAGGCGCACCAGGUGACCGACCGCUGCGGCCAGGAGGCGGUGGCCAUGUGGCAGCCCAAGAACAGCGUGCGGGAUCCGCACGUGGCGCGCCACCUCCGCCGCGCCGCCUACAUCCAGCCGUGGCGGUUUCGCGUGGAGAUGGUCAAGGGCGGCGGCACAGUGGAGCAGCCGCCGCCUGGGGAGGGCGUCACUCUGUGGAAAGGCAAAAUGAAGCCACCCGCGUGGCACACCCGCCUGCCGCUGCCCUUGCACCGCGACGCGCGCGCCCUGCAGACCGCUGAGGUGGUGCACGCGCACGCGCGUGGAGCGCGCCUCACUGCCGCGCGCUUGGGCCGCGCGCAGCACCAGAUCAAUGGACAGCUCCGGCAGCUUCUGCGCCAGCGCGAGGCCACCGACCACAGGCUCAGCGAGGUGCGCAAGAGCCUGCUCAUUAACCAGCAGAGCACCAAGCUGCGCCGCUACCGGCCCAAGUCCGAGAAGGUCCCUGACAAGGCUGACAGCAUGCUGACGUGGGAGGAAGAGGAGCUGAAGGCCAUGAAGAGGAAGAUGGAGACAGAUAUGGAAAAAUCAGAGACACUGCUUAAGGCCCUGGCCUCCUGCAGAGACAGUCUUGUCUACUGCUUUAAGGAGCGGCUCCAAGCUGUGGACUUAAUGAACCAACCACUGGAUAAGGUUCUGGAGCAGGCCGGCCGCCACUCGUGGGUGGACCUCUCCUGGGUCCCCAGCGCUCGCACUCAGGGCCAGAAAACGCCGCCUCCAGACCCAGUGGGCACUUAUACUCCAGAGUGCGCAGGGGCGCUUUAUGAGGCCAAGCGGCUGCUGAUGGAGUCCAAGGACACUUUGGUGGACAUGGCAAAGAACGAGGCGCACGUCCGGGAGGAACAGCUGCUGAUCAGUGACCGUGUGUGCGCCACGCUGGUGCAGAAGAUGCGUGAGACCACGGAGCUGAAGGAAAGAAUGAACAUGACACUGGGACUAAUGAGAGGCACUAUCAACCGGUGCACAAAAUUUAACCAAGAAAUGUACAUCAGCCGUGGCCUCAUCAAGGGUCCCCUGUCGAAAAAUCACCUGGAGACUCGAGAGAAGCUGGACAGACCCCUGGUUCGCGUGUACCAGAGACACGUGGGCACCCAGCUCCCCGAGGCCAUGCGCCUCGCCCAGGGCACAGACAAGCUGCAGCGCCACAUCGAGAACAUGGAGAAGAACCUGAACGAGCUGCUGGCAGCGCGCCAGCGCCUUACCAGGAGCCUCAACUGCAAGAAGAUUGGGCACGACGUGGACUACAACGUGGUGCGCCUGCGCCUGCGCCAGCGGCACCCGCACGUGUGCUACGAGGAGGCGCAGCGCCUGGUCAACGACUGGGAUCCGCGCACGCCACCGCGCCGCGAGUCUGGCACCGCCCCCCAGUGA